AUACAUUUGAAAUGGUUUCCGAAGAUGAUGACGGAAAAUUGGUUUUUAAAGUAAAUUACCACUACAUGUCUCAGGUGAAAAACGCCAGUGACGCCAACAGUGCUGCCAGAGCCCGGCGCCUCGCCCAGGAGGCCGUCACCCUUUCCACCUCACUGCCCCUCUCCUCCUCAUCCAGCGUCUUCGUACGCUGCGACGAGGAGCGCCUUGACAUCAUGAAGGUUCUCAUUACUGGUCCUGCAGACACCCCUUAUGCAAAUGGUUGCUUUGAAUUUGAUGUAUAUUUUCCACAAGACUAUCCUAAUUCCCCUCCACUUGUGAAUCUGGAAACAACUGGAGGCCACAGUGUGAGAUUUAAUCCAAACCUUUACAAUGAUGGCAAGGUGUGUUUAAGCAUACUUAACACAUGGCAUGGGAGGCCAGAAGAGAAAUGGAAUCCCCAAACAUCGAGUUUUUUGCAGGUGUUAGUGUCUGUCCAAUCCCUAAUCCUGGUAGCAGAACCAUAUUUUAAUGAGCCAGGUUACGAACGAUCGAGAGGUACUCCCAGUGGGACCCAGAGCUCCAGAGAAUACGAUGGAAACAUACGACAGGCAACGGUCAAGUGGGCAAUGCUUGAACAAAUCAGAAAUCCAUCGCCAUGUUUUAAGGAGGUCAUCCACAAACAUUUUUACUUGAAAAGAGUGGAGAUCAUGGCUCAGUGUGAGGAGUGGAUAGCAGACAUACAGCAGUACAGCAGUGACAAACGGGUAGGCAGGACAAUGUCCCAUCACGCAGCAGCUCUAAAGCGCCACACGGCUCAGCUGCGGGAGGAGCUCCUCAAGCUGCCCUGUCCCGAGGGGCUGGACCCGGACAGCGAGGACCCCACCGACAAGUGCGGCGCCACGGCGAGUGCAGAGGAGGCCAUGCUGCACGACCAGGUCAAACCCAGCAGCAGUAAAGAUAUCCCCACCGACUUCAAGUUGUGAGCUGCAUUGACGUGGACUUUCUAGACACAAAGGCUUUGAAGCACAAGCCAAAUAUGUCAAUAUUUGUAUGUAAGAAGCUAAUUAUGUAAUAGGUAAUGAAACUGAAACUAUACUAUGCCCUUAAGGAUAUACAGUUUAAUUCAAGAUGAUCUUUUAUUUACCUGUACAAGAGUGUAAACUUUUUUGUGCUUUUAUUUUUCAAUUGUGAGAACCACUGAUUGGUAUGUUUAAAAAGUUAUGUAUACAAGAAAUGGAUAAAUCACUGAUAUAUAAGGGAAACUACCUUAGGAAAGAAUGUUUACUGAAUGUUUAUUUUUUUUUUUACUUGUAGAGUGAGGGCGGUUGUAACAAAGAAUAUAUAUUGGUCAUUCUUACAGCUACUAUUUAAAGUCAGAAAAUUUUCACUGAAUUUGAUAGAUUUUACGUUUGACCAUAUAUUCAUGCUCAUAUUUGAUUCUAAAGAAAACCUCCUGUAUACUUCAAUAAACGUUAAAUGGACAUAAUCCCUCUUUUAUGAUUUACUGGUACAUUUUUUAAAAAUAAACUGCCAUAAAAUACGUUCUAGCCGAAGACUUGCACUUGUAUGACUGAAUUCAUUACAGUCAAAUGUUUUAAUUUUAUGCUUACUAAUUCUAAAAUGCAGAGGAAAUAAAUGCACAUGGUUUUACCUCAUG